AAUUUUUCCUGUAACUGAAUUACAUGCGGUUGGAUAGUUAGCAGUUUGUGCUAUUCAGUUCAGUUCCGUUUAGUGAGCUAGUUUGAACGUUUACUAACAAGUUUAAAUUAAUAUGGCUUGUCCUGUAAAACAUUACGAUGCAGCUCAAGAUGGAGAACAAUUGGACGACGAAGCAGGUAUGCUCUAUGGAGAAUACCUGAUGCUGGAUAAAAUACUCCAGGCUCAAAGAUUACUCAGCGAAGAAAGUAACAAAGCUGUGCACGAUGAACAUCUUUUCAUUAUCACUCAUCAAGCUUACGAACUUUGGUUCAAGCAAAUAAUAUUUGAACUGGACUCGAUCCGAGACAUUUUCGGAGUGGUUUUAGAGGAAAUUCAAACCCUGGAAAUUUUAAAACGAUUAAAUCGAAUUGUAUUAAUUCUAAAGGUUCUCGUAGAUCAAGUUAUGAUUCUAGAAACUAUGACUCCGCUGGAUUUUAUGGAGUUCAGAAACUACUUGAGGCCGGCAUCGGGAUUUCAAAGUUUGCAAUUUCGCCUUUUGGAAAAUAAGCUGGGCGUGAAAGCGGACAAUCGCGUCAAGUACAACAAGAAUUACACUAAAGUCUUUGGAAAUGAUGAGGAAGCUCUUAAUAAAAUCGAAGAAUCCGAAAAUCAACCCUCCCUUGCCAUACUAGUUGAAAGAUGGUUGGAACGGACUCCAGGCUUGGAAGUAGAAGGAUUUAAUUUUUGGGGCAAAUACGAAAAUGCCGUAAACUUAUUGUUGGAAGAACAAAAACAAAAUGCUUUGAAUGAACCCAUUGAAUCACUGAAGCAAUAUCGUCUAAACGAUUUAGAAAAAAGGCGCGAAGUGUACGAGUCUAUUUUCAGUUCGGAAAUUCACCAAGCUCUAUUGAAUCGCGGCGAAAGAAGAUUUUCACAUAAAGCUUUCCAAGGUGCCAUUCUAAUCACAUUUUACAGAGACGAACCCAGAUUCAAUCAGCCAUUUCAAAUUUUGAAUCUUCUCAUGGAUAUUGAUUCUUUAAUUACCAAAUGGAGAUAUAAUCAUGUGCUUAUGGUACAACGAAUGAUUGGUUCUUCACAACUUGGUACAGGAGGUUCUUCUGGUUAUCAGUAUUUACGCUCAACUUUAAGUGAUCGCUAUAAAGUUUUUGUGGACCUUUUCAAUUUGUCCACCUUCCUGAUUCCGAGAUCCUACAUUCCACGGCUCAGUCCGGACAUGCGCAGCAAAUUGUGCAUGUGGAGUAACGGCGUCGAGCCGAACGGAGUUACCGGAAACGGAAAAUGCGGUCUGGAAAUUGAAGAUAAUGGAUUUGAAGAAGAUAUUGUAUGACUUUAGAAAACAAAAAGAUUACCUAUAUCUGAAGUCAAAUCUUUUUUUAAUAAAAUGAUCGAUUAUAUUGGGAUGAAUAAUAGGUAUCUACACAUAUUAGGUUGUAAUUAAUCUUAUUAGGAAUGAGAAGACCAUUUGAUUUAGGGGGAAAUAAAAAGGUGAACUUAUAUGAAUAGAUUUUUCCACCAGAACUUUAAUAUUGGAUCAAAUAAUAAUAAUUAUGAAUGAAAUAAGUUAUUGUUUUACAAAUAUGGGAAUAUCUAUUAACUUUGCCUGAUCAUGAUUAGCUUGGCAGGUUAACUAGGCUUUAAAUAAAAUGAAUGUGUGUAUCCCUUAGAAAAUUAUGUAAUUAUUAUUUUGUAAGUUUAACAUUAAUUGAUUUUAAGGAAAUAUUUGUUAGUUAUAUUAAAAAAUUCCCAAAAACAAGAUGUUUAAUAUCAAAAUUUGACUCAUAUAAUAAUGUUUUUUAUUGGCAUCACGUGUUAAACAUUUCGUCAUAAAAAUGUUAUGUUUACGUAUAUUUUUUUUCCCACAUAAUAACAAGAAUAAUAAUGUCGUAAACGAUGAUUUACAACGAAGUAAAAGUACUAAUUUCUUAUUUAUAUUUCUUCAUUUCCGCUUAUCAUUUUUAUUAAAGUUUGCACCGCAAUUUUUGGCAGUUACCCAAUUUACAAGAGAUGCCUCCUUUGGGGUCUGUUCAUCAUCAAUCUGCUUUUAUCGGAACGACGUUUAUUUCCUCUGCGCUGCAGAAACGGUUUUGAGAUUAAUUGUUUUCAAUAAAUUCACUUUUCUGAUUUGUAACUUUUUACGUGGAUUUCUACGAUAAAUUAUAUUAUGUAAGAAUUUUGAGUCACUAUACAUCAUUUAUCUAAUUGAUCUUUCUAUAUUGAGGCUUGAAUGAUUACUUAUUAGAACUGUUUGAUUUCCCUGACGUCAUUUUUUCGUAAAUUUUUGAAGACCCAUAACUUUUUGUCUAUUAGAUAUAGAUAGAUAGCUGAAAUUUCCACCGAGUCUUAUCCCAGUGGGGGACUACAAUCCCUGAAAAUUUCAGCUCAUUUGAACUUAUAGUUCCAGAAAUAAAAUCGUGUUAAGCAGUUUGGGGUGAUCUAUAAACUUCCCAAGGAUCCCAAAGGACCAUUAAGACAAAAUCUCAACAAAAAAAAAUUGAAAUUUCAUCGUUUCAGUUAGAACGUAGCUUAGGUAUUUACCUUAUGAUUUAGAUUUUGGAAAACUUUGAUAAGUCAUAGCUUUUUUUCUAUUAAAGAGAGCUGAAAUUUUUAACGAUCCUUAUCCCAGUAGAGGACUACAAUCCCUAAAAAUUUCAACUCAUUUGGACUUAUAGUUCCAGAAAUAAAAUCGUGUUAAAUCAUUUAAACACAAAAUCUCAACACAAAAAAUUUCAUCAUUUAGUCCCAAACUUUGAACACACCAUAACUUUUUUUCCAUUAUAUACGAUUAUAUGAUAGAAAGCUGAAAUUUUCAGCGAUAAUUAUCCUAAUUUCAGCUCAUUUGGACUUAUAGUUCCUAAGAAAAGAAACAGAAUUAAAAAAAAUGCAAAUUUUUGAGAUUUUAUUUAUUUAUUUAUGUUUAAGUGCACUCUAUAGAACAAAUUUCUAAAUGGUAUACUGAAG